UGUUGAGUGAAGGGAAAGGUAUGACUACCGAAGAAAAGUUCGUUGCUGCAGUUAAUGUUAUUAAGAGUCUACCAAAAAAUGGUGCUUAUCAACCAAGUCAUGAGCUCCAGCUGCGUUUUUACGGCUACUAUAAACAGGCAACAGAGGGUCCCUGUCAGCAGUCGAAACCCGCCUUUUGGGAAGUUGUGAAAAAAGCAAAAUGGGACGCAUGGAUGAGGCUGGGAAACAUGAGUCGCCAAGAGGCGAUGAACAAUUACGUCGAUGAAUUGAAAAAAAUUGUCGAGACAAUGUCCUACACGGACAACGUAGCGACAUUCUUGGGUAGUCUCGAUGCAUUUUACGAGAGUGUUCCGGCUGAGGACCUUGAACUAUUGGUGGGACCAGUUAUCGAGAGAAUGAGAUCACAACCAGGCUCUCCACUCUCUGGUUCCCCUCUUGGAUCGAGGGAGACAUCACCUCAGAGAGUGAGAAACCCAUCGAGACACAUAACGAGCAGUUUGGAGACUAGCCCAGCAAGUAGUCACAGUGCUAGUCCUCUCCCACCUGACACUGAUGGUGAGGAUGAGGAAUUUAAAGACACGGUCGAGAUAGCACCUGAGAGAACAGUGACAAAGUCUCUGGGGCAGGGUAAUGGGAAGGUAUCGAAAAGUCUCACGAAUGGGUAUAAAAAUGACGUUGAGGAGAUCAAGUGCAGUCAGGAGAGAGGACGCUCGAGGGAGAAGAAGGAUAAUGCCGAGUUUCUCAGUCACAUCGCUGUUACCAUGCAGAAUCUUCAGAGGGAUUUGGAUAGGAUAACUGGGAGGGUGAGGGGAUUGGAGGGAAGGGCAUUGCAAGCGUUAGCACCACAGCAUGAAUGUCCAAGCAUUUAUCCCAAGUGGUGGCCACUCAGGGACUGCUCUCCUCGAAUAUUUGUCCUGAUGAUCACGUGGCCAUUCGUAGCCCAAGGCCUCAUAUCACUCGUUCAACGCUAUCGUCAGAGGAAAAUGUGAUGCUCUUGGUGAUAAGAACGGGAGAAAUUUCAGGUGUUAAUUCAGCAGAAUUCGCUGCAUGUGGGCCUAAAGGAACGCUUUAUCAAAUAUUUUAAGGAACUCUCGUCAUUCCAGAUGGAAGACUCAAGGUCUCUGGUAUCCGGGAAAUAAAUUCAUAAAGUUCAAAAGGUAAUUUGAUAAUUAAAAAAAUUUGAGAAUCGAGAGUCAGAAGGGACGUUUACCUUUUCUGUACUCAAUUCUCUUUUCAAUGAAAUCAUGAUUGCUCAAUACCAUUUGGAAUAAGUACCCACUCCAUCGGUUCAACCUCAGACUAAAGAGAUAAUUGAUAAGUAGAUGAGAUAAAAUUGUUCAAGAGAGUCACAAAUAUUUAAUUCUCUGUACAAAAUAAAUGAUUAUUUUUUCUCGAAUCAAGUAAAAUUGUAUUGAAAAGGUAAAGUUUCUUUUCCAUUGUUCAGCAUCUCACGUUGAUUGAUAUCAUUCGCAAUAUCUUGUAGAUUGUUAAGAAAAUUUUUUUGUUUGUUAAUUAAUGUUUUAUUGUUGUUCGCUUCUGUUUUUUCCUCCAGCCUUAUUUUUUAAUGGUUAAUGGUUCUGGUGAAUAAAAUUGGAUGAAAAAUAGAUUUUUGAAUUAUUCAAUGACAUGAGGACAUGUAAUAUAUAGAUUUAUGUGGGAUAAGUGAUGAAUUUUGUAUUUUCAACGUUUUUAGUCAAAUAAAGUGUCAGAUGAGUCAAUUGUUA